GGGGGCGGCGCGGUCAUGGCGGGGGCCGCCGGUACCUCCUGCGGCCGGGGCGGGCCGGGGGGGGGGCUGCAGCCGCUCCGCGCCACCGUCCCCUUCCAGCUCCAGCUCCAGCAGCGCCGCGGGGACGGCGGCCGGGCAGUCUGAAAGCGUUCAGGAGCAAGAUCUGCUGUGUUUGAGGAGCAAGAUCGACAGCGUUUGCACAGUUCCUGGCGUGCCGGAGCCUGAGGCCGCUCUGCAUGAGUGUUGGGUGUGAGCUGCUGCCGUGCUCAGGCUGCUCAGCCAGCGUUCCCUGUGCUGCUGCUGGGGAGAAGCCGUGCCGGCCCCGGCAGCCCCGUGUGCGGCGCACCUCCUCGCUGGACACCAUCGUGGGCUCCUACCUGCUGGGGCAGUGGCCGCGGGAUGCUGAAGGAGCUGCUGCUUCGUGCAUGAAUGACAAAGCCACCCAGACUCCGGUGUCCUGGCAUGACGCGGAAGUGGGGAAAGCCAGCUCCAGUUCUCACAGGCGUUCUGCUUCUUGGGGUAGCGCAGAUCACCGCAGAGAGAUUGCCAAACUGAAGCAGCAGCUCCAGCGAACAAAGCUAAAUGGCAGAAGUGGCAAAGAAAAGGAGAAGAGCUCCCCGCUGCCGGGGGACCAUGCUGUCCUCGGAUCGCUCCGGGACUCUCCUUCAGGCUGCCUUUCCUCGUCUGCUAUUCUGAGACUCAGCCCUUGCUUGCAUAGGAGCCUGGAAGGGCUAAACCAGGAACUGGAGGAAGUGUUUGUGAAGGAACAGGGAGAUGAAGAGCUUUUGAGGAUUUUGGAUGUCCCAGAUGGCCACAGGGCACCGGCACCUGCCCAGAGAGGCUCUGGAGAUGCAGCCCUGACUCUGGAGCCCUGCAGCAGCCUCUCGCUUUCUCCUUCCCCCUCAGUGCCUCUCCACCUUUCUCCACACACCCCAGGGAGGCUGGCAGCAGGAGAGCUCCCUGCUGCGGAUGAGGCGCAGCCAGAUCCCAAGGAGAAAGAGGAGGGCAGCCCCUCUCCACCAGUCCUGGCCUUCGCUUCUUCUCCUCGGCCCAACCACAGCUACAUGUUUAAACGGGAACCUCCCGAGGGCUGCGAGAAAGUGCGUGCCUUUGAAGAAACCUCCUCCCCCGGCCCCGAGCACAGCUUCCAGCCCUCCUGCCCGGAUAAGAACAAAGUGCACUUCAACCCCACCGGCUCUGCCUUCUGCCCCGUCAGCCUGGUGAAGCCUCUUUUCCCCAACAUGGGCUUCCUCUUCAGGGGCUUCCCGGCCUCUUCCAGCCCCGCCGCUGGCCCCUUUCCAUCCUGCCAGCCCCCGGCCCCAUUCCUCGGGGUGCGGAAGGACGCUGCCGGCGAUGUCUCCAAGUCGCCUGCGUUGAACUACGAACACUGGAAGCGCGGCCAGCCCGAGGAGAGCGUCGUCUUCCACAGCUCCCUGGUGGUGUGAAGCCCAGGGGAAGGCAAGGCGGCGGCGGCAGCUCCUCCGUGCACCUCAGCCAGCCCCUGGAGACAAAAGUGCCUUGAGGGUGGGAUUGAGAGCCACAGGGGCGGCUCUGGGAUUGGGAUUGAGAAACCACAGCGGGCGUCCUCUGAGGAGGGUGCCAUAGGGGAGCUUCCUCGCUGCUGGAGGGGCUCGAUUUGCUGAUCUCCCCCAUUUUGAAGCACUUUCCUGUGGUGAAUUGUCGGUGUUACCUGCGGGAUUACCCCCAGCAGAGGCAGAGCCGUGCUCCUGGGGCUCCCAACGCCAAGGAUUGAGGUGGAACAUCCCGGCUCCUCCUGUGGGGAACCCUAAAUGGGGGCAAAAGGGGGGAAAAAGGGGCUCAGAGGGGGAGGCGACGCUGACCUGUGGGGUAAAUGGGCUCCUGCUGUGGCACGGGGGGGGGCUGGGGAGAACCCCCGGGGUGCCACAAGCCUGAAGGGGUAAAGAAAAGAAGCUUUAAGGGGCUGAGAGGAAAAAAAUGCUGCAAAGGGGGGGGGGGAGGUGGGGGGCGCCUCAGCGCUGCCUCCCUGAGGGGAGAGCGGCCUUGGGGGGGGGGGGAGGGGGCGGGAAGGGGACCCGGAGCCCUGAGGCGCCGCCUUGCUGCCCUCUCCCAUGCCCCUUCCUGGCUUCCCCCGCAGCCGGCCCUAUUUUGAGGAGUUUUUUGACCGUUUUUUGACUCUUUUUCGACUCUUUUCGUUUGUGUUUUGUUGUUGUUGGGGGUGGGGGGGGGAGCCCCGCGCUGGCUGCAGGUCGGGUUCGCGUUUCUCAAAGGAGAAAACCAAUAAAUAAAUAAUAAAUAAAUGACGGGUUUGGGCA